AUGCUAGUAUACAAUAACAUGUUCUUCUCGCGAAAAUCUAUGUAUAAGAUCCAACAAUUUUUUAAGCUUAUAAAGCUACCAGUACCAGCAGCUCCUGUCUACCCUGCAAUAACAGCCAGUACUAGGCUGAUACUGGUAGCCUACUUCAAAAAUACUAUUGUAGUCCAAGAAUCUGGAUCCGUAGAAGUUCUUGCACGUCAGUCUGACUUACCCAUUUUGGAUAUCUCCCCUAUGUCAGUGGACUAUGAGGUUGAUAUCAGUUUUAAUGACAUUGACUUUGAGUAUGAGAGCAAUGAGAAUGCUAAAGAUACUGUUGAUAUUGAUGCUGAAGAAGUCGACACUGAAUGUUUGUAUGAAAACAUGUUUUCAAACAGCAGUAUGCCUGAGAAUCCUGUACACAGAUUCAUCGCAACAUUCACUGUGCUAUUUGCAUCCCACUACGUAGUCAACAAGGGCGCAGUUUUCUUGAUUGAGUUAGCAAUGAGCUCUUGA